AAUGAACUUGCAAUUCACAAGAAGAAGAUAUUGGAAGUUGAACAUUGGCUCAAGAAGCAUAUUGAAAAAUCAACUCCCAAUGUAUGAUGCCCCUAUACCGUACUGUUGUUGAAUGGGCCAGCAGGGGCUGGUAAGACCGCCACUGUACAGACACUUGCGAAAGAAAUGCACCUUGAAGUUCAGGAGUGGAUUAAUCCAGUAACAGAUGUGUACCAGAAUGAUGUCACUCCAGAUUUUGGGGAUUUUGCGGGUCAAAGGUAUCAAUCACACUCUUUUGGGAUUUUAUCACAAGAGCAAAUAUUAAUCUCUGCAAAUAUUUGGAGAGAAAUCAUUAAAGAAGAAAGAUUUGCCUCAUACAUUUCUUCGUUAUCCACCUCAAUUUUUAGAAAGUACAAGAAGUCAUGCCGAAGCCCUCUAGUGUUCAUAAUCAGCGAUACGGCUCGAGGUGACAACAUUGUUCGAAAAGCACUCCCAAAAGAUUUAAAAAUUAUGUUAGACAUCCAAGAUAUUAGUUUUAAUCCAGUGGCGCAAACAAGCAUGUGCAAAGUGCUGACAAGUAUAGCAACAUUUGAGGCAGCAAAGGGAAGUUGUCAAUUCCAAGUGCCUUGUAAGUCUACUAUUGAUGCUUUAUCAGCUGCCAGUGCUGGGGAUAUCAGAGGUGCAAUCAAUGCUCUGCAGUUUGCUUGCUUAAAAGAUACAAGUACUUUAAAGUCUUUGUUUGAUGGGAGCAGAAAGUGUGACUCCACUCUAGCAAGAAAAUCUUAUAAAAGUACAAAAAGCAAAAAUACAAAGCAUACAAGAAUGUCUAACAGUCAAGGCGGAAGUAAAUGGAGAACUAAACAAACAGAGGAUGAAAAAGAAGGGAAGGAUCUAGUGGCAAUAGGGGGCAGGGAUACGUCCAUGUUUCUAUUUAGAGCACUAGGAAAAAUCCUUUACUGUAAAAUUAAACCAAAGAUUGAUGCAGAUAAGCAACAUAUACCACCUCAUUUGCAACAUCAUGACAGAGAUAACUUGAAGUUUAACCCGGAGGAUAUUAUUUGUCAAACUCAAAUAAGUAGCGAUAUGUUCAACCUCUACUUGCAUCAGAACUACCUUGAGUUUUACACUCGAGUGGAUGAUGUAGUACGAGGAAGUGAGUAUCUAACUAGUGAUGCAGAUCUAAUUUCUUCUAAUUUUUCACAUCGUAGUAUUUUAUCGGAGUAUAGCAGUUGCAUAGCAACAAGAGGUUUAAUACAUUGUAACUCAUCCAGGAGUCAACAGAAUACAGCUACAGGUGGCAUGGGAAGGAAACCUCUUCAUAAACCACAAUGGUGGCAGGUUGCCAAACAGUAUUUUUCACUAGAUCAAAUUUUCCUUCUUCGAGAACUGAAUAGCUUUUUAACAUCAACAAGGGCAAGGGUUGAAAGAUUGAAUGAAAGAGACGUUGAAACCAUGGAAGGGGAAGAUUCCUGCUCUCAGCUUUCUACGGUUUACAAUGAUUAUAUUUCUAGUGAUGAUGUGUAUAUUGCUCUGUCUAAAUUAACAGUUAAUCAAUCUCCUGGUUUGGAUGAUCUCAGCCCUAGGCUCCUCAAGGCAGCUGCACCAUGCAUCUCCGAACAGAUUACUUAUAUUUUGAAUUUGUCACUUGCCCAGGAAGAGGUACCCACCGAUUGGAAGCUUGGUAAAGUUAUACCCAUUUAA